AUGACUAGAUCUCGGAUAAAUGGAAAUUUUAUUGAUAAGACCUUUACCAUUGUAGCCAAUAUCUUAUUACGAAUAAUUCCCACAACUUCUGGAGAAAAAGAGGCAUUCACUUAUUACAGAGAUGGAAAUUAUGCGGAAGCUUUACAGAAUUAUUAUGAGGCGAUGCGACUGGAAAUUGAUCCCUAUGAUCGAAGUUAUAUACUUUAUAACAUCGGCCUUAUCCACACAAGUAACGGAGAACAUACAAAAGCUUUGGAAUACUAUUUUCGGGCACUCGAACGAAACCCUUUCUUACCUCAAGCUUUUAACAAUAUGGCCGUGAUCUGUCAUUACGGAAGGAUUUUACUCCCCUAUUCCGACCGCGGAGAACAGGCCAUUCGACAGGGAGAUUCUGAAAUUGGAGAAUCUUGGUUUGAUCAAGCUGCUGAAUAUUGGAAACAAGCUAUAGCCCUUACCCCUGGUAAUUAUAUUGAGGCACAGAAUUGGUUGAAGAUCACAGGGCGUUUUGAAUAA